AUGAUGAUGGAGUCCAGUAUCAACAGCGCAACAAUCUUACCACCCUACGAAGAAGAAUUCGAAACAGUUGAUAAUCUUCAUUGGUCUCCAGAAACAGCAAACAACAUUUAUUUGUUUUGGAUACACCAGCUUCAAGCAUCGACAUGGGGAACAUCAUCUAAUCUACCAAUGAAUUUGAGAAAGAUCGAGGAUGUUAAUAUUGCAAAAUACACUAAAGAUAAUUGGGAAUCUUUAAGACCCGAAUGGGAACCUUACGCUAAAAGAGAUACUCUAUGUCUCGGAGCUUGUUUGAUAAAAUACAAUCAAGCCAUGAAAAAAACUGUCUUCCAAAACGUUUCCAAUAAUCUAACGGCUCCUUCUUUAUCUUUAAAGGAAAAAGUGAAUCCUUGUAAAAAUGGUGGAACAGAACAGCCUAGUGGAAGAUGUGAUUGUACAGAUGAAUAUACUGGUCCUACUUGUGAAGAAAAAGUGAAUCCUUGUAAAAAUGGUGGAACAGAACAGCCUAGUGGAAGAUGUGAUUGUACAGAUGAAUAUACUGGUCCUACUUGUGAAGAUUCUUUAGCAAUUUGGCACAUGAGCAAAGUCCCACUCAGUACCACGAGUGGUUCUAGUUUUAUUUCUUCUCGAAUAAAAACUAAAAUAUCUCGUGUGAUACAAGAAAAAGUGAAUCCUUGUAAAAAUGGUGGAACAGAAUCGCCUAGUGGAAGAUGUGAUUGUACAGAUAAAUAUACUGGUCCCACUUGUGAAGAAAAAGUGAAUCCUUGUAAAAAUGGUGGAACAGAAUCGCCUAGUGGAAGAUGUGAUUGUACAGAUAAAUACACUGGUCCUACUUGUGAAGAAAAAGUGAAUCCUUGUAAAAAUGGUGGAACAGAAUCGCCUAGUGGAAGAUGUGAUUGUACAGAUAAAUAUACUGGUCCCACUUGUGAAGAAAAAGUGAAUCCUUGUAAAAAUGGUGGAACAGAAUCGCCUAGUGGAAGAUGUGAUUGUACAGAUAAAUAUACUGGUCCCACUUGUGAAGAAAAAGUGAAUCCUUGUAAAAAUGGUGGAACAGAACAGCCUAGUGGAAGAUGUGAUUGUACAGAUAAAUAUACCGGUCCUACUUGUGAAGAAAAAGUGAAUCCUUGUAAAAAUGGUGGAACAGAACAGCCUAGUGGAAGAUGUGAUUGUACAGAUGAAUAUACUGGUCCUACUUGUGAAGAAAAAGCGAAUCUUUGUAAAAAUGGUGGAACAGAACAGCCUGAUGGAACAUGUCGUUGUAGAUAUAAAUAUACUGGUCCUACUUGUGAAAAUAAGUUACCACCGAUGAUGAAAUUGACAUGGGUAAAAGAUGAAAAAGACGGCAUGUACAGAGUUAUCACAACUUAUGAAUAG